UCUGUGGUGUUGGUGUCAUGGCCGCGACCGAGCGAGUUUACUUUUAAUAAAUUGCUGUUCUCUCGGACUCAAGCAAUGUAAAAUGGCAGCUGUGUUCCUGGUCACGCUGUACGAGUACUCCCCUGUGUUCUACAUCAGUGUGGUGUCUUUGUGUUUCGUUGUUACCGCUGCCGUGGUGCUCGGCUGGUUUGGCUUCGAUGUCCCUGCGAUUCUUCGUAGCUCAGAUGAGACGGAGUCCAUCCUACCGACCCCUGAGAAGCAAAUGGUCCAGGUGACGAAUCCCUUCGCCUUGGAGAUGGGCUCAGGGACAGCAUCUGUCACUGAUGGUGCGUCAGUGAGACCUUUUUGUCUGGAGCCCUGCAUCCUGAGCUGUUUCUGGGGAUGUGAGGUCAUCGCCGUGCAGCGAGCGCUGCAAGCUCACCAGCACGGGCCGAGGCUCAGCACCCCCCAACAUUUUCAGGAGGCCUUCCACCUACGUUACCACCACUGCCAGAGUUUCCAUGUCAGCAGUGACAACAGCGAGGAACACCACACACAGAUUCCUGCUGAACAGGGGAUCAAAGACUUUGGAUUGCUGCCAAGGGCACACUACCCUCUUGUGGCUGUGCUGACGUUGGCAGAGCCAGAAGCUAGAGACAUGUACAACAUUGUGGCCAGUGUGACCGUUAUUCAUGUUCCCGAUGACAAAUACAGCCUUUCUGCUCGGAUUCUUUUUCAAUACCUUCUGACCUCACAGGGGAACAUGUUCGAGUUAAAGCCUCUGUUCAUGUCAACUGACAGCGGGGGGAUGCCGGGGCCUCCUGACUCUGAGCAGAGCACCUCUCCCAGUGAACCCACAGAGGCGGCACACAGUCUGGAGCAGAGUCCUGUGCUGGAGGACGAGGACUGGUCGGAAGGGUCGGGCAGAGACUGCGUGGUCUGUCAGAAUGCAGCAGUGAACAGGGUGCUGCUGCCCUGCAGACACGCCUGUGUGUGUGACUGCUGUAUGUCACACUUCCAGCACUGCCCCAUUUGCAGGGCAUUUGUCCUGGAGUCGUUCGUCCUGACACAGGAACCAGUUGCAGCACCGUGACUCCCCACUCAGUGUGGGAUGUGACCGUGUCACUUAUUAAAUAAUAUGCAGUGAGGCAGUCAUCACUGCUAAAGAAACUCUGAAUUUACAUAAUUUUACACCCAGUUUCCAUAAAUGGAACCAUAAUUGGAAAAGUUCAGUUGGACUGUAGACAUGUAUUAUGAGUUAAAUCAGUAAGUUACACUGCAGCAGCUGUAAACAACACUGACCACUCCAUUAGACUGCCUCCAGCACAGUCACUGUGACUAUGCUGUAGGGCAACUGUGGCCGAGGGGUAGAGCAAUUCGAUGCACUAUAUGAAUGUGUGAAUGGUACUGUAAAGAACUUGAGUGGUCAAGACUAGGAAAGCACUAUAUGAAUACAGUCCAUUUGCCAUUUUCCUGAUAGACUGCACUGACUACUGAAUGAAUAUAGUGAGUUCAGUCUAACAGCAGCUGGACUUACAGCAAGCUUAAGUCCCUUACAUCUGAUGUCAAAAUGUCAACAGUGGUAAAACAUUCCUUAAAGAUAACUCAUGCUUUUAAAUAGGUAAUGGAGCUGUAACAUUCCUGCUGCUGUGCCACCAGUCAAAUUCAUCAUAUGUACUGUGGUUCUAUCCGUGCUGAACUGGUCAGUUGGUAGUUGGAAAUAUUUUUUUAAAAUGAUUUUAGUAUUGGUAUAU